CAGCGUCAUCCUCUCCACGAAUUGGAAUAAUGGAUUUAGCAAGCUGUAAUCAUUUACCCACCAUCGUUCAUCUAUCUUGCACCAAAACGCUCAACUAACAUCUCAGAUUUCCACCAUGAUGAUUCGACAAAGACCUUACGGAGCAAUGAACCCUGUUCUGCAACUGGGAUUCUAUGUCAUUGCAAUUCAUCUGAUGGUGGUACUGGUAGAGAGCAAUGGGUGUAGCUCGCCGACGCCUAUUAGUAUUUUAAGAACAGCGUUAAACUCUAGCACCUGCCCUUGGCGUUGCUGCUGCAACGACACCAUUCGAUUAGUGAACUGUUCAAGGUUGUACCAGAACCUGCCUACUGUAUUCCCCGUCAAGGCACGGACGAUCCUUCUGGACUGGAACUUAAUGGACACCUUUGAUAAAGAGAAUUGCAGCGUGUUCAGGCAGAGCAGGUCGCUCGAAGUAUUGACCGCAACAAACAACAAAAUUGCUACCAUAAACAGGAAUUGUUUCAGGGGCUUGGGUAACCUGACAGUCAUCAACCUCAGCAACAAUGCCUUAACCAACUUGCCAGUGGCUGACACACCCUACCCUUUCGUGACAUUGGAUUUAAGCAACAAUAAUAUAAAUCAAUUGAAUGAAUCUAUAUUUCUUGCUAUGCCUAACCUGACGUCGUUAAAUAUUGAUAAUAACUCGAUAAGUAUUCUUCCAUCCCUCAUAUCUCACCCUACGAGUGAGGGAAAGCUGAGGAUGCUUUCGUUGCGGAACAAUGGGCUUAGAAACAUUGCUUUCCCGGGUCCUUUUCCUUCAGGAUCUAGUAUACAGGAGUUAUACCUUUCUCAUAACGACCUUUCGGAACUACCUACCGCUUGGCUGGUUGGAGCAUUCAAAUUGAGAGUACUCGACCUCAGAAACGCUACGUCCAUGGCAGACAAGGGAGGUAAAAUAAAUUGGAAAUACCCUGGUUUUUGCCCUGCUCUUGAAACGAUUGAUUUGUCUCUGAACGGGCUGCGCUCCGUCGUCCACAAUGCGUUCGACUCUAACACUGGUUUACGGACCAUCGAUCUUAGCUCGAAUGCCCUGAAUGCCAUACCUGAUGGUCUACUGGUAAAGCAAAUCAACCUGACAACGUUCAAAGCUCAAGAGAAUCGUCUCGUGAAUAUUUCAAACGCCAUAUGGGGCAAGCGAGCGAGACUGGAAUACGUCAACUUAGCCAACAACUCAAUCGAGCGCAUUCACGAUGGAGCAAUCGGCUCUCUAGCGACCCUCCGCUUUCUGGAUCUCAGCGGAAACCUAUUGGUGUCUUUGGCAUUUCUUGAAACACCUGAGCUCAUCUCCCUAGAAACACUCUUAUUGCAUAAUAACAGCGUCCGUGUAACCCCAAACCUAACUCGAUUAAUUAAAUUACGUGUUCUCAAGUUGCAGGAUAACCAGCUCAGUGAAGUUCCGAACGUACAAAAUCUCUCAAACCUUGAAGAAUUAGAUCUUAGCAGGAAUAACAUUAGUGUAUUGGACACGGUCGCCUUUUCUGGUGUGACACGGUUGAGACUAAUCAAUUUAGAGAGUAAUUACAUCAUGAGUAUUAAUGAAGCUAGCCUUAAUUAUCUCCCCAAGAGUCUCGUGUGGCUGAAUCUCCUCAAUAAUUUAUUGAGAUGUGACUGUAAUUUGGCGCUGACUUCGAAAAGGCUUAGGAGCUCCACCCAAUGGGGGAUCAACUUGGGUAACAUCACCUGCGUGUCACCCCCAGCCUACCAGGGUCUACAGGUAACCACCGUGCCCCAUUCCUCGUGCAUCGGCACCGUCAAGUCGCUCAAGUCCAUCAUUCUCUCCGCUCUCCUCGCCGGCAUCGUCAUCGCCGUCAUCAUCCUGGCCUUCCUCUAUAGCCGAUAUCGACGAGUUGGACGAGGGAACACAAGGCGGAGGUCGUAUCCGGUGGAAGAAAAGGCAGCACAGAUGAAUCAGUACGAGGAGGAGGUCGGGCAUUUGAUGAGCCCAUCGAAGAACUCGGGAAACUACCAUAACCUUAGGGGAAGCAAUGACUUACUCGGGUCCGCAUCGGUCACUGGAAGUAGCACGAGGAUUAAUGGAAGUGCUAUUAAGUCUUUUGUUGAGGAAGAAUUCUAUGUAUAGCAUUUUGUUCAAUAUUAAAAACUAAUAUGUAAAUUGGACGCUAGCCUUCAUUGUACACGCGGAGAAUGUUAAUCAUGCAGUUACUCUAUACUAUUAUAAUCAUUCAGUUUAGACUUGGUCUAUACAUUUACAAAAGUGUAACAUAAAUAUAAAGUGGUCAGGCUUUCAUUAAAAUAAUCUAGAAAUUGAAGCAAUUGAUGUUACCAAAUACGAUGAUAAUUAGAAUAUGACGGGUGAGGUUAUAUUUUUUCGGAAAAUGUUUAUCAGGAAUUGAACAAUUAAAAUCUGAGAUGGAAAGAUAGACAAUGAGAAUUCUGCGAUUCUCAGUUACGAUGUCAGUCAUGACAAUGGGGUUCAGAAACUGAUAACCAAAGCAUUGUAUUCUAACCCUGAAAUCAUUCAUCAUUUUACAUCAUGAUGACAGAUAUAAAGGGCGAUGUUCAAUUCUUAAUUUGUGUAGUAAGCUUUAUUCUUCUCUAAUUUGUGUUAUGCAAAUUCUUAGCAAUAUCAAUGAUAAGGACAAUAAUGAAGAUAAAUGCCAAGAAGAAUAGAUUAUGUUCAUAACAAAAUAAUGACGUCGAAUUGUAAAGGGAAACAAAUGAAAUUUCGCAACCAGAAUCAACCAAUGUCGCAUGAAAAACCGCCAAAAUACGAAGUUACUGUAGCUUUCUCUGCAUAAUGCAGUAUUAUAUCUGCGCUUCUCGUCCUCUUAAUUUUAAAUGUGUAUUUUUUCUUGAAUUUCCUGAUUUAUCGGACCUAAUGCUCUGCUACACAAAAUGUCACUGAUUUAAGAAUUUGGAUUUUCAGUCCCUUGGCUUAAACUUAACAUUUACCAUAUAGAUUGUGUAAGCUCUACAGUAUUAAUUACCACUUAUUCAAUUCCACUUUAUCAUUAAAUGGAUUUCCGAAUUUCAAAAAGGGGAAAUGGAGAGAAACGGCCAAUGAAUAUUUAAGAAAAAGUCAGUGAAGAAUCAGAAAGUUACGAAUUUCUAAUUCUUGACAUCAACGAAACAAAUUGGUGUUAGAUAUAUGAUUUCGAAAAUUUGAUAUUUUAUUCUCGGAAAGUACUAGUAGUUAUUCAAAAAUGUGUCCUUUACGAAUCACUGGAAAUUACAUGCUCUAAAAUAUCUUCCUUCUUUAGAUAUUAAGUACACUGUUGUCUAAGUUUCUGAGAAAGUGUAAAAUUGUGAUGUUAUUUUUUAAUGCCAGCAGAAACACGUUCUCUAUUUUUAGGAUUCCAUUAUCAAAUUCUGCUUUAAAAAUAGCAAAAGUACAACAUCGGUGAACAGUGUCGGGUGAAUGACUCAACCCGCUCACAUUGUAAUCACUUAUUUCAUUUGGAUAAUUACUAUCUUUCUCUCUUCUUGUCACAUUGAAAUGUUCUACGCCUGAUUGAGCAAAAUGGUAAUUUCUUAGCUCGAAUAGACUGUUCUGACAAUAAAAGCAACCACAAUGAUUACAUAUUGUGAGUGUCAUCGGUUUAUCUUUCACUUUCAUUUACGACGAGACCAAACCGACGACGCCAUUUUGGAGAGCAUCGGGAAAUAAACUUUGACCGUUGAACUCCCCAUCUUCUGGGUCAGCUGGGGAAACGGAAACGGAAACGGAAUAAAUGAUUUGCCCGAUAGCAUCAAAUAACAGUUCUUUCCCCAAUAGCGACAGAUUACAUGUAUAAUAACACUACAAGUCCAAUCUAAUUAGUGAAAGCUCUCUCUCUCUCUCUCUCUCUCUCCCUCCCUCCCUCUCUCUCCCCGGCACGGUCGGGCACGUUUCAUUUGAGUUUAAUCAGUCCAUGGACCUACUGAUCAGUCCCAUGCAGUAUAGCAAAUGAUCAUGCAAUAAGGACUGACGGACGGACAAUCAGACAUCACGAUAAAAUUGUGACGGCGAUGGUGACGGAAGCGGAAAGGCAGCUGCGAUACGUCUAAAUUAGUAGUGUUUAUAAUUUUAAUGAAACUAUAAUAAUACUGUUGCUUUGUCGCUAAGUAAACACAUUCAAUGACCUAGAAUAAUUUUCAUGCAGAAUCUUGUUAAUUAGUAUAGGAUUGUAUAAACUUGAAGCAUUUGUUUACUUUCAUGAUGUUAUGGUGCAUUACGUCGUUUCCUCACAAUCACUUCGUAAAAAGAGGUAGCUAAAAAGUAUUCCAACUUUAUGGUCAACAAUGUAUUUCCAGUGUGCUUUUCAAUAGUAAGAUUAAAUUCAUCAGUGAAUAAUUUUUUUCAAACGAUUAAUGUAUAUUCAUGCUAUAUUACUUGAUGCAAUAUCACAAAUAGAUGUUUUGUUUGAUUUUAGUAUCGAGUUUAAAUUUUAGGGAUAGAAGCUUUU